AUGUCAGAUGUUUUAUCUUCCUUUCUCUUUCUCUUUUGUCUCUCCCUCUCUCUCUCUCUUUCUCUUUUGUCUCUCUCCCUCUCUCAAACUCUCUCAAACUCUCUCGCUCUCUCUCUCUCUCGCUCGAACUCUCUCGCUCGAACUCUCUCUCUCAAACUCUCUCUCUCAAACUCUCUCUCUCAAACUCUCUCUUCUCAAACUCUCUCUCAAACUCUCUCAAACUCUUUCUUCUCUCUCUUCUACACACACACACUCCUCUCUCUCUCUCUCAGUGACAGUGACUGGAGCUGCAAGAGGACCAAAAACGGCAGCGCCAUGGAUGAGUCUGAGAAGCUGAGCUUGUUUUGCGGUGCGACGGGAGCCAGUCCCGCCGAGGCCACUGCAUAUCUACAACGCGCUUCGGGCGACGCACAGACAGCCAUCAUCUUGUAUCUGGCCGAACACGAUGAAACAGGCAUGGAGAAUGAGGCACCUGACCAUCACACCAGCGGCCCGGUUGCCGCGACGGCCUCGGCCCAGCCAACCGCGCCCGUCACAGCCGCCGCGCAACCCCAGCAACCGCGUCGAACCGGUAUUGCCACGUUCUCGAGCAUGGCCUCGGAUGAGGCCAAACCCGAUGCAGGACAGACCUUUUUCAGUGGGGGAGAUCGCAGUGGCAUUGCAGUGCAGGGCCCACCCAAGGAUGCCAACGAAGCGCGCAACGCAUUUCUGGAGCGAGCCAAAGAGGUCGGACAGUCGAUGGACGAGUAUCGACAGCAAGAAGCUGAGGCCGCUCGCCAGCGUUCGGCCUUUGCUGGUCAAGGCUUUCGCUUGGGCGAGACCGACACCGUGCCGUCCGAAACGGUAGGCGUGCCUCUGGCGGCCAGGGCCCAGCCACCCGAGAAGAAGCUGGUCAAGAUCACAUUCUGGCGGGGUGGCUUUUCCGUGGAUGACGGUGAAAACACGCCCACACUUCGCAACAUGACCGACCCUGCCAAUCAACAGUUCCUCAAUGAAGUAUCUUCUGGUUUUGUCCCCCAAGAACUGCGCAGUUUGGGGAACAAUGUUCAUGUUGAGCUUGAGGAUCGGCACGAUGAACCCUUUGAGGCACCCAAGCGACAGGUGCGCUCUUUUGCGGGAGCUGGGCAUCGUUUGGGUGCCCCCACCCCGGCCAUGGGUGGGGCCCAAGACUCAACCACAUCGACCCCAGCUGCGUCUUCGACGGCCGCUGCCACCUCGGCCCCAAGCAUGCGACCCGUGGAUGAGAGCAAGCCCACCACCAAAGUGCAGAUUCGCCUCGCUGAUAAUACGCGUCUGGUCGGUCAUUUCAACGAAGACGCCACCAUCGGGGAUUUGCGGGCCUUUGUCGACCACUCUCGACCCGGCGGUGCUCCUUAUGUCCUGAUGACGCGUGUGCCUCGCCGAGAUCUCACUGACCAUAAUGAGACCCUGAAGCAAGCCCAGCUCCUGAACGCCGCCGUGUUUCAACGACCUCUGUAAACAAACCCGGAAGCCACCAGUUUAUCGCCAAGCAUCUCCAUCCUCGUGGUAUCUCUGAAAUCCAACGGAUCCGGUGUUGCUCGGCGCACUUUGGUGGUCGACAGUACGCGCUUUCUGUUAGGGCGUGGACACAAAAAAUUUCAGAACAACUGUGGAAAAAAAAAGAAAAAAAGUCUUGAAAAAUUCUCAAUUUAUUUGAUGGAAAAUU